CAGCCGAUGCGAUCGGCUGGUAUGUGAUCCGUUGGUUGCCUCAAAUGUGGACAGUUCGACUGCCGAAGAAUGAAUUGAUGUUUACUGUGCUCAUUUAUUGGUAGCGUGGAUUGGGAACGCGAAAGAGUCGCCGGAAACAAACAGGCCGAACACCUGCUUUUACACGCUGGUUAAGUUUCUCGCUGCACAAAAUUGCCUGCUGAGUUUCGACGUUUCUGAUGUGAACCAAUUAGAUCAAAGUACGACGUGCGCGUAAAGGGCGAAACUGCCGAAGAGUACUAUCAAAUGUGUCCAGCUUGGAAGCGUGUGGUGACGUAGACGUGUUCGCGGCAUUCUAAGUUGCGCUUUUUCUUUCCGAGUCGCCUUCGGCAGGCAUGGAUCAACCGCGGGCGGCUGGCCGCGGCAGGGGCGGACGCGGCCGCCAGAGGCGAGAUGAAACCGAGAAAAGACACAACGCCUGGGGAGUGCCUUUGCAAACACAACGAAAUGCAGCACCGGCUUCGUCGAGAGGGGCGACGAAGAAUGGACACGCCGCGUCGCAGCCAUCAGAACCGGUGGUCAACCGCAAGUUCGAAGAAGCCUGCGCCAAAAUACAGGCGAACGUGGAAAGAUUCCUACCGCAGGCUCAAGACGACCGGUCAUCUUCAGAGGAAGAGCUCGAGACGGAGGGAAUUCUUUCUCGCGUCGUAGGUUCCUACUCAGAACUGAAUAAUAUGGGUCAGGCGAUCUGCAGAGAACCGUCCAGUUUAUGACAGACAACCUUGUAUCCGGGGCUCUAGUGUGCCUUAUUUGUAUCGAAUCAAUAAAAAGAACUGAAAAGGUCUGGUCAUGUGGUGGGUGCUACGGCAUUCUGCAUCUGAGCUGUGUACAGAAAUGGGCCAAGGACAGCAUGUUUCAGCAGCUGCAGCAACAACAGGAAGAUCCCGUAGCUCAGCAGAAGUUGCAGUGGCACUGCCCAAAGUGUCGGCAGGACUACAGCAGCAGGGAGGGACUGAACGAGUAUCGGUGCUUCUGUGGCCAGAAGGUGAACCCCGAGUACGACCCUUGGCUGGUGCCACACUCUUGCGGCCAGACCUGCUCGCGGGAGCUAGUGCCUGCCUGCGGCCACCGGUGCUUGCUUUUAUGUCAUCCAGGCCCUUGCCCCCCUUGUCCCAAAAUGGUGCGAAGCGGUUGCUAUUGUGGCAAGGCUGAUCCCACUGCCAGGCGCUGCAGCUCCCGUCUCUGGUCGUGCGGGAAACCCUGCGGGAAGAUGCUUUCAUGCAAUCAGCACGCAUGUCAGCUUGCGUGUCAUGCAGGUGAUUGCAAGCCUUGUCCUCGAAAAAGUCUGCAGUCUUGCUUAUGUGGGGCUUCAAAAAUGGACAGGCCUUGUGCGGAUCCACUGUGGCAGUGUGAUAAAGUUUGUGGUAAGCUCUUGUCGUGUGGAGAGCAUAAGUGUGAAAGUGUGUGUCACAAGGGCCCUUGCUCGGCUUGUCCAAGAUCAGGUCCGAGGGAGUGCCCCUGUGGAAAAUCAAAGUGGGAGCUGCCGUGCACCGAAGAUGUGGGACCUUGUGGGGACACCUGUGACAAGCUACUUGCUUGUGGAAUCCACCACUGUAGCCAGCGCUGCCACCUAGGCAGUUGCCCUCCAUGUCUUCAGAUACGUUCCAAACGGUGUCGAUGUGGAGCCCGAGAGAAAGAGGUCCCGUGCAGCCGGGAGUACACUUGUGAAACAAAGUGCAAAAGGCUCAGAGAUUGCCGAAGACAUCCGUGCAGCCGCAAAUGUUGCGAUGGAAGGUGUCCUCCCUGUGAGCAGCCGUGUGGACGUUCCUUGGCUUGCAAGAAUCAUCGUUGUUCCAGUUGCUGUCACAUGGGCCCGUGCUAUCCGUGCAACAAGAAGGUUGAGCUGACUUGUCGAUGCAAGGCAACCAAAAUAGCCGUGCCUUGUGGCGGGAGAGAAUGGCCAAGGUACCUGCCUGCCAUCAGCCCUGCAACAUCCCUCCAGAAUGCCAUCACGAGAAGCGAGACCCACAUUCCUGCCAUGAUGGUCGCUUGCCCACCAUGCACGCAGAAGUGCAACCGUACUCUUAACUGCGGCCACAUAUGCAACUCUCGUUGCCACUCUGCUGUCUGGACCAAAAUUGUUCCCAAGCAGGGUCAGCGAGUUGGACCAUGGGAGCCGUUAGCUGCAGUUCGAAUGGAAUUGGUCUGCCAACCCUGUCCCCCAUGUCCUGAGCCUAUGCAACUGACCUGCCGUGGCAAACAUUCCAUUAGCACAUUUGCCUGUUCAGAACUGCGGCCAUACUCAUGUGGGAAGCCUUGUGGCCGGUCCUUGACCUGUGGGAACCACACUUGCACUGUGGAGUGUCAUGAAGUCGAAGGAGCGCCCAAUGACACACAGGCCGGAAACAACUGCAGUGUGUGCGAGGAAGGCUGCCAGAAGCUGCGCCCGCCAGGCUGCAUUCAUCCGUGUAACAAACCAUGCCACCCAGGAGACUGUUCUCCAUGCACCCAGUACGUCAAGAUGAAAUGCCACUGUGGUCUAAACCCUGUCUACGUGCCUUGCCACCAGUGGACGGUGGAGUCCAGGGACAAGCAGGAUGAACUGCAGAGCUGCAAGAACAGAUGCUGUAAACAGUUGGAAUGUGGGCAUCGGUGUCCACUCCACUGCCAUCCAGGUGCCUGCGCUUCUCGCAGCCAGUGCCGCAAGAAGAUCACAUUGCGCUGUCCUUGCAAGUGCCGGAAAAUAGAGGGGCCCUGCUGUGAACUUGGAAACAGCAUUGUCUGCGGCAAAGAAUGCCGUUCUAGAGUACAGGAAGAUGAAUUCAAGGUAAAAGAGCCAAAGUCGGAGCCAGAGGAGAAGACAAAAGGCAACAGAUUGGGACAAAUUAAGAUUCUGACUGCACUCAGUGCUGUAGUACUGUUUGCCGCUGUGGCAUUAGCUUACUGGCUUAUGCAGUAAGGUUAUGUCGUACGAGUUUGAAAUAAACUUAACUAUACUGCUUCAACAACAAAAACAGAGAAGAAAAUAAAUGCUGUUGUAGGUAACGAA